AUGGACACAUGCUAUAAACUACAUGAUUAUCCCAAAGAGAGCAGGAAUUGUGAAAAAGGCAAAGGAAUUUUGGUAAACCAAGUGUCUGAAGAAGAAGGGAAUGAGUCCGGUGAUGCAGGAAAUUGUAAUAUGAUAACUCAGGAACAAUAUGCUCAGCUCAUGUCACUGUUACAACAGAACACUGCCACGACCAACAUGGUGCAGAGUAGGGCCUCCCUCAACACGGACAACAAGAUGCAUGGGUGCCUCAGACCAUAUUGUACACCUAAUUUGUAUACCGAAAAUGUGGUUGAUGUUGCUUCUACUGUUGGGUUACUAGAUGGUGAGAAGGUUCAGGUUGUUUCUGUAGGGUCUUCAGAUGUGGAAGACGAUUGGACUGGGGUCCCUUCAUUGGCAAUACAAAACAAGACUCUUUUUGAGAAGCUGUAUAGAAAAAAGCCAGCCUAUGCACACAUGAAGGUCUUUGGCUGUCUAGCCUUUGCCUCCACAUUGACAAACCAACGACAUAAGUUUGAUUCAAGAGCAAGAAGAUGUGUGUUUCUUGGCUAUCCUCUUGGAACAAAAGGUUACAAGCUGCUAGAUGUUGAAAAUGAAGAAGAAGAAGAAGAAGAGCCGCUGAGCCCCGCGGCUCGAUUGUUUCACGAACCAAAUUUUAACGUUCAUAUAAUAGCCAUCAUGGGCUGCAAAACUGUCAUUUACCCAGACGUCGUCAAGGCCAACCUCCUUUUCACUUUGCUUAAACACCCUCGCUUCUCCAGUUUGCAGGUUGCAGAUGAGAAAAAAAGAGGAGAGAUGAAAUGGGUACGCACGGAAGUGGAUCUUGAAAAGCACGUAAUAGUUCCCCACCUGGAUUCCGCCAUGGACGCACCAGACAAGUUUCUUGAAGAUUACGUCUACAAUCUCACCACCACCGUCAUCCCCAACUCCCAGCCUCUCUGGGACUUGCAUCUCCUUAACCUCAAAACCUCUCACUCUCAGGCCAUCGCCAUUUUCAGGAUCCAUCACUCUCUCGGCGAUGGAACUUCUCUCAUGUCUCUUCUUCUAGCUUGUACUCGCCAAAUGCAGAAUCCUCAGGCCUUGCCCACCAUUCCUACCUCCAAACAACGCCAGAAAACUGGGAAUAAUUCCAAAAGCUUCUGGGUUUCCUUUUUUGUUUUGUGGUCAUUUCUUAAACUGCUUUGUAAUACCAUUAUAGAUGUGUUCAUGUUCGUGGCCACCGCAUUGUUCUUGAAAGACACAGAGAAUCCUCUCAAGGGUCCGCCUGGGGUUGAGUCAAGACCCAGGCGGAUAGUGUUUCGAACUAUUAGCUUGGAUGAUUUCAAGUUGAUAAAGAAUGCAAUGAACACCACAAUAAACGAUGUUGCUGUUGGGAUCACACAAGCUGGUUUGUCACGGUACCUCAAUAGAAUAUAUGGUGAGGGCAGGAAAGAUGGUGGAGAAACAGAGAAGAAAAAUAAUCUGCCGAAGAAGAUUCGGCUUCGAUCAACUUUGCUUGUUAAUAUUAGAGCAUCAACAGGGAUUCAGGCAUUGGCCGAUAUGAUGGAGAAGAACACAGAAGCAAAAUGGGGCAACUGGAUCGGGUUUAUCCUCCUUCCCUUUGACAUUGCAAUACGAGAUGACCCACUCGAUUAUGUUCGACAAGCCAAGGCCACUGUUGAUAGGAAGAAGCGUUCACUUGAAGCAAUUUACACUUUCUCCAUUUCCGAGUUAGUUCUCAAGCUUUUUGGCAUCAAGGUAGCGAGUGCUCUCUCGCACAAAAUUAUAUCAAACACAACGAUGUGUCUCUCAAAUCUAGUCGGACCCCUUGAGGAAAUUGGUUUCUAUGGCCAUCCAAUGGCUUUUCUUGCUCCAUCUUCUUAUGGCCAACCUCAUGCGUUGAUGAUUAACUUCCAAAGUUACGUGAACAAGAUGAGCAUCGUUUUGUCGGCGGAUGAAGGCACCGUGCAUAAUCCUCAUCAGCUGUGCGAUGACAUCAUGGAUUCGCUCAAGCUUAUCAAGAACGCAGCCAUAGCCAGAAACAAUCAAGCUAUGUUAAUGUAA